AUGGCUGAGGAUGAUGAAGUGGAGGAGGCCGGGGAGGAGGAGGGGCAGCAAGGAGGCGGUCCCGGAGGAGAGGUGGAGGUGAGAGAUUGGUUCACGAGCUACGUCCAUGCCAAGGGCCAUGCCGAGUUGCAAGAAGAAAUCGUCACCUCGAGGCUUGAACAGAACUUCAAACCAGGGAUAGAAGAUUUGCCUUCGGACAACCACGAAGUCUCGAAUGCCUUGAAAGGCAUAGUGAAGAUGAAUGAAUCUCUCAACGCCCAGAGCUACUUGAUCCACCUCAUAAGCUCUUUAUCGUUCUUCUCCUUGUUCCUGUCCGUCGUUGCUCAAGAGAUCAACAUGAUGUUUCAUGGAAGCGCCAAAAGUAUUGUGCUCAUAUUGAGAUUCGCGGUACUAGCUUUCUCACUCAGGCUUGCUUAUGCGGUGUUGAGCUAUCACUUAUUGCGAGCUAACAUUGUCAUGUUCGACGUUGACCAUCAGCUCAGAGUCGCCGUGGAGGUUCUCGUCAGCUUCGUGCACUGCCCUCCUGGCAUCGUCACAGACAUCACGAUCGAGCAGCCCAACAUCCCGAAGCAUAUCUUCGACGGACCUCCAGUGAUCAAAUUUCCCCUGGACAAUCUUCUAACAGCAUUGUCAACCUUGAGAAUAUUUUUCUGUGUCAGAUCGAUAAGGCAGGUUGCCCUUGGCAGCCUUUCCAUCAUUUGCCUGAUGGCAUAUUGGCUGCGGCUGAUGGAAUCCUUCCAAGACGCUGAUCGUGCUGCUAUCAAUCACCUUGGCGACUUCUCCAACCAGCUGUGGCUCAUCACAGUGUCUCUCACUGGAGUCGGUUACGGCGACUCCGUGGCAGUGACUCGGUUGGGUCGUUUCGUCUCGGCAAUCUCCUUCAUCAUGGGAUUUGUUAUCUCGUCCAUGAUGCUGACCGUGUUCACGCGAUUCGUCCGACUCGGCAAGACAGAAGAAAGAUGUGCAGACGUCUUCGUGAAGAACUAUCGCAUGCUUGUUGGACAGAAAGCAGCACAGAGGUACAUCAUAGCAUGGUAUCGUCUAUUCAAGUUCUAUCAGGACACCAAGAAGAGAAGAGAUAUGCAAUACGAGUCGAGCCAGAGUCUUGGAGAUGGAACUCGUGUGGAGAACAUUGAGUGGAACUCGACACAGGAAAAUAUCUUGUACUCUCAAUGGAAUUCAGCAAGGUCCCUCUUCGAGACCUUGAUUGGUUGUGAGGAGAGCUUGUUCAGGAAGAGAUGGGCUCGAAUUCGAAAGGAGUUGAAGACGAGACAAGAAAGUGAUCUCUCUACAGAGCUUCUUCUCUCCGAGAUCCUUCAGGAAGUGGACGUGCUGGAGAACGAGGUCUGCAGUCAGGGCCAUCGGGUGGUGGAGCUGAAAGAGAAGCUGAGCAAGUUGGAGCAGCAGCUGGAAGGGGGUCAGAGGGAAAUACAGGCGAUUCAAGACAUCUCAAGGAGCAACGCAAACAUGAUCGAGACAGUCCAUGCCCACAUGAAAGCUCAUCUGAGAGAUCGAUAG